UACUGACUGCCGGAACUGUAUGCCAGGCUGAAACCUGAGCCGAGGACCAGAAAGAAGGCAGCGGCUAAAUGCUGAGCAGGAGGAAGAACAUCAGUAAGCCAACGGUUUUUUAAAAAGAGGCAACAGUUGCAGAAUGGAAAAUGCUCUUGUGGAAGAGAUGGCUGCAUCUUUGGUCAGAGAGUUUCUCAGCAAAAAGGGCUUGAAAAAGACAAGCAGUACAAUGGAUAAGGAGUUCCCACGUACAGCUCUCAGCAUCAACAACAGAAAUGAGCUUCGUAACAUUUUACACCUGCAGUCCUUAUACAAAAUGAACAAGGCCAAGGAAAAUCCUCUAAAAACCCUUCUUGAAAUCAUCACCAGCUAUUUUCUGGAGCACCCAAGCAAUAGCCAAGGCAUUAAGGGGGGCCCAUCAGCCCCACAAAACCAGCUCUCCCAGCCUAGAGCAACAGAUAGCUUUAUAUUUAAGAAGUCUCUCCGUGAUGAAGCUACCUGGCAGCUGCCUGGAAAAAACAAGACAGAGACCUACAGGUAUGAAACUGAUGAGGAAACAAUCCAUCCAACUGGUCUCCUUGGGCGGCAUCUUCCCAAGAAAAGUGAGCAAAGCAAGCCAGACGAAGUGCUCAAUAGCAGCUCCCUUACUCUGGGAGAGAAGAAACCAGUUCAUCACUGUGAGGGUUUUCAAACAACGGAACUACCUUUGGAGACAAGAAGAACCAUGAGAGAGAAACUCCAAACCAAGCCAGGUGGUCUUGUUGCCAGAGGAAUGCUCUCCAACCUCACAGAUACUUCUCAAGAGGAUUCCUCAAAAAGGAGGCAUCUCAAACGGCUUUCUGGAAUCACUAGCAUGGCACGCCAUGGAGAGGAAGAUGGAACAAAGGGCUCGUUGCCAGUGGAUGAUUCCCAGGAAAAUCAAGGAAUUCCCAGUCAUCCUCCAAGUCUUCUCUCUUCAUGCAGUCCUACUUCAUUGGAUGUAAGCAAGGAUCCUUCAUCCAGAGAUCCACAUGGGCCACAUGCAAACCCUGGUGACAAAGUAGUCCAAAAUUUAGCCAUCAGCAAAGGAGAGCCGUUUGCCAACCUGAUAUCAGAAAGAUGCCAACUUGAAGAAAGGAAACUUGUGUCCAGUUAUGACACCAAGAUGAACAAGAAAAGCUCCUGCUUAAACCUUUUUCAAAAGCAGAUGCCUACAGAAAGUGAAAAAAGAGAGAGGUUAACAAAAAACAGUGAAAUUCAGGUUUCAGACGGCAGAAAGACUCCAGCGUCCACAUCCACUAAAGAACACAUGUUCAGAGAUACUUUAGAACUAGUUGAUGUUUCAGAUGAAGAAACAGUGGAGGAGGCUUACAACAUCCCUGACUCUUCUACUCUACAUGUACUCCAAGUCUCAUCAAAGCCCAUUGACUUCUUCCUCGCAAGGGACCUAAAAAUUUUGUUGUUUGGCUCAAACCUCGGUUGCUUCAGCGAAGAAUGGAAAAUCCAGAGUUUUACCUUUGACUGUAAUCCUCCACUGAAAUAUGGCAUUGUGCAAAAAAAGGGCGGACCAUGCGGGGUACUGGCAGCAGUUCAAGCCUGUGUCCUGCGACACCUUAUCUUUGGAGACAGUAACAGGAACAGCGAUACUCGGUGCCUUCAGCCUUCGGACAUGCACAGGACCAAAUGCCUCAUUCUGGCUCUUGCUGGUAUUUUAUGGCGUGCAGGUGGCAACAAGAAAGCAGUGGUUACCUUGUCUUCAGGAAUGCAACAGUUCACACCUGCAGGGAAAUACAAAGCAGAUGGCAUCUUGGAAAUGCUUGUGUUGUAUUCUAUGACAACAUAUGAAGACCUCCUGACAUUUCUGCAAGAACAUAUUCAUCAGUUUGAAGCUGGUCCAUAUGGAUGCAUUCUUCUGACUUUGUCUGUGAUCUUAUCAAGAUCUGUUGAUCAAGUUCGUGAAGAUUUUGAUGUUUUCACAAACCGGUUGAUUGGUGUACAUGGAUACUGUUCACAGGAGCUGGUUAACCUCCUGCUGACUGGCAAGGCCGUGUCCAAUGUUUUCAAUGAUGAGAUGGAUCUGGACUCUGGGAAUGGCAACAUCAUGGUUUUAAAAGGCAUUGGUGAACGCAGUGAUGUUGGAUUGCUGUCUCUUUUUGAGCACUAUGACGUCUGCCAGGUUGGCUGUUAUCUGAAGACUCCCAAGUUUCCCAUUUGGCUCGUGUGCAGCGAAAGUCACUUCAGCGUACUCUUCUGCCUGCGGAAGGAUUUACUUGGGGACUGGAAAACAGAGCGACGGUUUGACCUGUACUACUACGAUGGCUUAGCCAAUCAGCAAGAGGAGAUCCGCCUGACCAUUGAUACAUCGCUACCCUGUGUUGAAGACAAAGAAAAUGACCUCAUUCCUCCACUUGAACAUUGCAUUCGGACCAAGUGGAAAGGAGCUGUUGUCGACUGGAAUGGCACGGAACCCAUCCUGUGAAUGGCCUGACCCAUCAUCAGUUGAAAACAAACUUGUUCUCACACUUCAGGGUUAGCCCAGCAGAUGCUGGGUUUGCUAUCGUCGCCUUUGGUGGGACCAUCCCGUAAAGUGGGUGAGAGCAGGAUUUCAUCUUGCAUGGCUGGUGCUCCCUCUUUGGUGUAAACAGUGGCUGUGCAGACAUGGACCUGCUUUCCUUUGCUGUGUUCUGUGUGGGAGAGUAGAAAAUCAACCUUGACAGCUGAAAACAGGCUGCAGGAAAGGAGCAGUAAAACUGUCAACAUUCUGGUAUCUUAAUCCACCCCAUGUCCUGUGAUUGUAUCUGCUGAACAACAGGACAGCACCCAUGUAUCUUUUUUAGCAAAGGCUCUUUUUCACUGCCUCCAUUGUAAAUAGAGAAAACAGAAACAGAGAACACACUCACAAAUGAUAGAUGGAGUCAUUCUUCUCAAUAGUGUUUCUGCGUUAAGGUAACACAAUGGCUUUCAAAAUAGUAGACGAAAGGAGAUUGCUGCCAAUACUUCGCUCCCACACCUUUUGUCAGUACUCGGACUCUCGGACAGAAAAAGGCAUGAACUAAGGGUGUUGUCUUUAUUUCAGCAAAGACUCCAGAAUAUUGCUUGACAAUGAGAAUUGUAGAUGGCAUGCCGAACCAUUGAAACUGAAAUACUCUAAAGUAGAUGAUAGGACAAUAUGUUUUAUGCCUGGACACUGUUUUUGCUGGUCGGGACAACAUAUUCAUCACCAAGUUAGCAUCCCCAUAGUCAUUUCCCUACAACCAUUUCAAUCAGUUCCAUUUAUUAGAGAAGAGUAUGUGAAUUUAUGUCGUCAUAUUAUAUGUUUCCUGGCAUUGCUGGCAAACAUAAUGAACAUAGAUCUCAAGCAGGAAAACAGAUUAUGUGAUAUUCCUGACUCACGUAGGAGUUACAAUAGAAAAUAUGUCUGGGACUGAGCAAGAGGAUUUGGUAUGGGGAUGUCAAUCUCUAUGAUGACUAAAGUGUCUAGACUAGAUCUCCAUCAGAGAAACAUUUCCAGUAAUUUAUACAUUCAAAGCAUUUAUUUUAUAAGGCAUAAAAACAAAACAGAAUAGACACCCAAGGAGGGCAGUUUCUUCUUUGGUUGAGUAAAAACACGGAAUCCAGGAUCUUGCCUUCAUGGUUCGGCCCAUUUCUACUUAGGCAGAGUUGGGUCUGAAAUCCUCAUGUCUGAUGAUGUUCUGCCUUUAGUGCUGAGGCCUUGGAUAGGAGGGUGGUCAGGAGAAAAGAGUCAGGGAACAUCAAGCUGGUUAUCUGUGCCCCGCUUGUGCCUUAGGAUUUUAGAAGUGAAAUGUACUUGCUAAAAUAUAUAUUGUUUAGGAGUAAUAUUUUCUGUACAGUGUAGCAAGUAGGUUUGACAGUGUCUCCUUGCAGCUGCAGCAUUUGUUGAAUGAAGUUGUAUUUAGUGGGCAUUUUAAUGUAAUUUUGUAAAUAAAAGUGUUUUUGAUUUGAUAUUACAACUAA